UGGACUCUGCGCGCGCAUACCGAGCACGAGGCAGCAGCAGCAGCUCGCGACCACCGGGCCAGGCGAACAUCGUUAGCGAAACCCUCCCCGCACACAGCCCGCCAGCAACAUGUCUUGGGACGAUUAUGUCAGCAACCUCAUGGACAAGAACUGCCAGGACGCCGCCAUAGUGGGAAUCUGCGGGACCCCGUGCGUGUGGGCCGCCCACCCGGGGGGACAGCUCCGAACCCUCUCGCCCGCCGAGGUCUCCAGUCUGAUCGCCGACGACCGCUCGGGGCUCCUGGUGAACGGCCUGUCGCUGGGCGGCAUGAAGUGCUCCGUCAUCCGGGAUCAGUUCAACAUCCCCGACAUCAUGGUGAUGGACGUGAAAACCAAGAACCCCGACGGACCCACCUACAACGUGGCCAUCGGCAGGGCAAAGACCGCUCUGGUGAUCGUGGUGGGGGCAGAAGGCGUCCACGGCGGCACCCUCCACACUAAAGCGCAUGAAAUGGCCAAGUACCUGCGGGAUUUAAACUUCUGACCCCCCGGCCCCCCUCCGUUACUACUGAUUCAGUCGCCUGUUCCAGCUGCCAACAUUGGACCAAUCCACGGUUUUCCUCCCGUCGCCCCCUUUUUUCGCCCCGUUCUUUUUUUAUCACUUAUGUUUUUUUGCUGCCCUGCUCAUCGGAAUGAACGUAAAUUUUUUCAGGGAAAGAAUUUAUAUCUGAUUUAAGAAUAAAAAAAAAGUACGCUGUA